AAGAUGUCAGUGUUAUGGCAAGACAAACCGCAUCCUAAGUAAGCCUCCACAAUGAGCACUGGGAAUGCCAGCCCUCAGAAGGGCGGGAAGAUGAUGAACAUCAAAGUUCUCAUGUUAGAUGACUCUGAGCAGAUAUUUCAGCUACCGGUCAAGGCCACAGGAAGUCUGCUCAGAGAUCAAGUUAUUCGCCACCUCAACUUGGUGGAGUCGGACUACUUCGACCUGGAGUUCACCGGCCAGAAUGGGGUACAGUACUGGCUAGACCCAGAGAAGCUGAUCCUGAAGCAGGUGAGCAGCCACCAUAACCUGACCUUCAGGUUUAGUGUCAAGUUCUACACCCCAGACCCCGGCCUCCUGGAGGAAGAGUUCACAAGAUAUUUGUUUGCCUUACAAGUGAAGAGGGACCUAAACCAAGGCAUCCUUCCCUGUAAUGAAAACACUGCAGCUCUUCUGGCAGCUUACAUUGCUCAAGCUGAGAUAGGUGACUUCCUGGAGGAGGACUACCUGGACCACACCUAUCUGCAGACCUUCCACUUUGUUCCCAACCAGACAGAUGAGCUGGAGGUGAAGGUGAUGGAGUACCACAAGACUCUGCUUGGUCAAACACCAGCUGAGGCAGACUUCAAUCUGCUGGACACAGCCAGGAAAGUGGAGCUGUAUGGACUACGCAUGCACCCAGCCAAGGACAACGAAGGUGUUCCCCUGAACUUGGCAGUGGCCCACCUGGGCAUCAUGGUGUUCCAGAACUCCACCAAGAUUAAUACCUUCUCCUGGGCCAAGAUACGCAAACUAAGCUUUAAGAGACGGAAGUUUCUGAUCAAACUCCAUCCUGAGGGAUAUGGCUAUCACAAGGACACAGUAGAGUUCUGUUUUGACUCUAGAGAUGAAUGUAAGAAUUUCUGGAAAAAGAGUAUCGAGCACCAUGCUUUCUUCCGCUGCCAGUCAGUGAGGACCAUCCCGAGACAUAAGACACGGGUCAUUAGUAGAGGUUCUUCAUUUAGGUACAGUGGUAAAACCCAGAAACAGCUUCUGGACUAUGUCCGCGAGAACUACAUCAAACGAGAGCCAUUUGAGAGAACAGUCAGUGUGCGGAGUACUCGCAGUGUUGGUGCCACGCCCACCACCAGUACCAUGAACUCCCGUGACCUGAACUACAGCCGUGGCGGUAUGAGCUCUGCCGCGUCAGCUUCCAGCGGUUCGCACGUCCUAGACAUAUCAAACCACAACCUGAACGCGUCCACACGAGUGGAGACGGCAGAAGUGCACGAUGACAGCUCACAAUCAGAUGUCACCAGCCAGUCUCCCAAGGCCAAGCGUGUGGACGUCUCCCAGAUUCCCGUCCCCCCAGAACCCUCCCAGCCGCAGAGGUCGCCCCACAAGGACUUUGACAGAAAGAUGUCAGCACCAGUCUUAACCACUCUUCAGCAGGAGGAGAUUGAACAUCAGAUGGAUGAACCUCACUUGGCUCGUUCUCCAGAGGUGGCGAACAUCCCUGACAGCCUACGCCAUCCGAAUGACCAUCAGCUGACCAGAACAGAGGACAUCGAAAACAUCCCAGAGGAGGUGGGAGAGCCACUGGACACCAGUCCUGUUGUCACCCCUCCUGUUUCCAAGGGGAUGAUCAGAGCGCACAGCGAGACAGAGGCUCAGAUGCGACAUGACAAUAACAAAGCAAUGUUUGAAUACCCUCCUGCUAACUAUGCUCCUAUCAGUGAGGAGAAUGCAGUGGAGGAGGAGGAGGAGCCGCCUCUGGACAUGUCCCCUGAUGACACGAAGGCCACCAUGACAACCACCACGUUCAUAACAAGUUACGAUGAAGAGCAGCCAUUCUCUCGGUCCCCGCCCACCCCUCCGCCUCCUCUAGAUGAGAGGGAGAUCCCCGUGGCCCCGGUGCAGCCCAGGCUGAAGACAUUCUCCGUGGAGCCGCGAGAGAACGGACACACCAUGAGGGAAGAAAAGACAGAGAGGACGGAGGUGGUGAGACGAGAGCGCGCCCAAUUGUCCAGCAAGAUGUCUCCGGCUACAACCAGCAGUCAGGGCAGCGUGAGUCUGUCUUCAUCACGUACUGAGGACUCAGAGGAGGAGGUUAGGAGGAAGCGUUUCCCACCUGACAAGUCAUACUAUGUUGCCAAAGAACUCCUGAUGACAGAGAGAACCUACAAAAAAGACCUGGAAGUCAUGACUGUGUGGUUUCGUAACGCAGUCAGUAAGGACACGGCCAUGCCAGACUACCUUUCGCAGCUGCUGUUUACCCACCUGGACCCCAUCUACGAGUUCCACUGCAGCUUCCUGAAGGAAAUAGAACAGAGGCUGGCCAUGUGGGAGGGGAAAUCCAAUGCACAUCUGAAUGGAGAUUACCAAAGAAUAGGAGACAUCAUGUUAAAUAACUUAAAGGUUUUGCAGUUGUACAAGAACUAUAUAGACCACCAUGAAGAGAUCUUAAUGGGCUUCGAGAACACGAUGAAACAGGAUAAAAAUUUCGAGCAGCUUUUAAAGGACUUUGAGUCACAAAAAGUCUGCUAUCUUCCUCUUUACUCCUUCUUCCUGAAGCCAGCACAGAGGCUGAUGCAUUACCAACUGAUCCUUGAAAGGUUACUGGCACAUUAUUAUGCAGAUCACCCAGACUACAAGGAUUGUAAAUCUUCCCUUAUUAAAAUAGCUGAAGUCACCAGUGCCUCUGCAGACACAAUGAGAAGUUUGGAAAACUUGCACAAACUUCUGGAGUUACAAAGAGACCUGUUAGGAAUAGACAACUUGGUUCAGCCUGCCAGGGAAUUUAUCCGAGAAGGCUGUCUCCAGAAACUUUCCAGGAAAGGAUAUCAGCAAAGAAUGUUCUUCUUGCUGUCAGACAUGUUGGUCUACACCAGCAGGUCGGCCACUCCCAGUCAGCAGUUCAAAGUCCACGGGCAGCUGCCACUGAGGAACAUGUAUGUAGAGGAAACUGACCCCAAGAUGGCUGUCGCCAACAGUUUCACCAUAUUCAGUGGAAACAGGUGCCUACUAGUAGCAGCCAGCUCCCAGGAAGAGAAGGAUAAAUGGGUCGAAGACCUGACAGAUUCCAUCCAGCUGGUACGUGUGAAAGGAGACGAUAUCCACCUUCAGAAACAGCCCAGUCUCAAGUCCAGUACAAGUUCCUCAGAGAACAUAGAUGUGUCAGACCCAGCACCCUCAUCGCCUCCAGAGAAGCAGUCCCAGCACCGCGCCAAUACCACCAUGCAUGUAUGCUGGCACCGAAACACCAGCGUCAGUAUGAAGGACCACAACACAGCCAUCAAGAACCAGUUAAGUGGCUAUCUGCUGAGGAAGUUUAAGAACAGUAAUGGCUGGCAGAAAUUGUGGGUAGUCUUCACCAAUUUCUGUCUCUUCUUCUACAAGACAUUUCAGGAUGACUUCCCCCUUGCCAGCCUCCCCCUGCUUGGCUAUUCCGUUAGCACCCCCAGCGAGGUGGAUGACAUACACAAAGACUACGUCUUCAAACUACAAUUCAAGAAUCAUGUUUAUUUCUUCAGGGCGGAGAGUGAAUACACAUUUGAAAGGUAUGUCAUACUGGCUUCAUAA